AUGAGCACCCAGACUGAAUUAGAGAACAAAGUCGCAAAGAUAUUUUCAAGAGUUCUUUCCGCACCACUUGAAAACGAGCCUGGGUUGAAAAAUGCUUUAUUGGCCAUUUCUCUUGUGCCCUUUUCCUUCUCUGAGGAUCUUCCAAAAGCAAUGGUCAUUACUAUGCCCCUAGAACUUCUUAUCUACGCCAAACUACACUCAAAGGAACUGACGGCUGCACUCAAGAAGGAGAUUCCAAAAUACAUGAUUGUGAUGAGGAGGGUGGCGAGAUACCAUCAUCAAAGAUCUUUAACCCAAUCAAGAGCCGCGAGGACAUCCUUGGCGACCUGGUCUUCCCGGCAGUUGUUGCAGGCAGGACAAAUGAAAUCGAAAGUAGAGAAGAAACGACUCAAAUUGUCUAUCUUGAUAGUAAGAACCAGUGCUGGUCUAAGCCUGAGCUGUCUGCACUAG